AUGGCACCCAUCACUCAUCAUGAGUCCGCAGGGAGCACCAGCAGCAACAGCUCAGAGGACGAUGCUGCAAAGAGACAAUCAGCACUGACCAUGGUUCCUCGUCGCAGCCAAGCUGCCGAUGACGAUGAUGAUAACGAGAAAGCUGGUGACAAGGGCAAGCGUGGGUCGGCGCCCAGCUCGGAAGAAGGCCAUGCGGAGUCCGACAAGGUGCUGGACGAAAAGGCGAAUGCCAGACAAGCGGACGUCACACCGGAGCAGUUUGUCUACCAGCCCGGGCAACGGAACCUGGUGCACAUCAAGCAACGCGAACGUUUCUACCAAUUUUGGAGACCUCGUCAUUUGCCACCUCCGCCUCCUGCCUCGAUGGACGAUGCCAAGUUGAUUCCCCUCGCUACCGCCAAUCUCUUUUCGCAAAUGACCUUUUGGUGGGCCAACCACAUUAUGAUUUUGGGCUACCAAAGAGCGCUAGAAGCUACAGAUUUGUGGAAGUUGGAGCCUCAAAACGAGCCGGAUGUAUUGAGCGACAAGCUGCUGGAAUCGUGGGACCGUCGCGUGGCGGAAGCCGAGGCUUACAACGCCAAACUUGUGAGCGGAGAGAUGGCCGUCGGUUGGAAGAGGAGAACAAAAUGGAAGAUUGCUGCUGCGCUCGGAAAAGGUCCAAAAGGCGGCUUGGCAGAACGAGAAAAGCUCUGGCGAGCUCCUCACCCUCCAGCUCCUAGACCCAAGGCUCCCGCUGGUAAGCCUGCACCUGGCAGCAAACCCCCGCCUCCGCCCAAGAGGCCGCAAUCUUGGAGCGGUCACAUGGAACCGUCGCUCGCGUGGGCUGUGUUGGACCAAUUCAAGGCGAGAUCCUUGUUGGCAAUCUUUGUCAAGCUCAUUGCAGAUGCAGUGGAGGAUGAAAUCGGUGGCCAAGCUCAAAUGACGUCGCCGCUUCUAAUCCGCACCAUCGUCGACUACUCUGGCAAGGCAUACGCACACUUUCAACUACCGCAGGCUUUCCCAGCACCCAAUGUCGGAGUUGGUGUCGCGUACGCCAUUGCCAUUUUCGCGCUCCAAAUCGUGCAAUCCAUCGCCCAGCAUGCCUUCUUCCACCAGAGCAUGACGAUGGGUGUGCAUGCGCGCACUGCCUUGAUCUCGGCCAUGUUCAAGCGCGCCACGAAAGUCGGAGCAAAGGACCGAUCACCCGGCCGCCUACUCACCAUGGCGUCGACCGACGUCUCGCGCAUCGACUUUGCUUUCCAAUGGGGCCUGCUUAUGUUCACAUCACCGGUGGCGUUGGGUCUGUGCCUCGGUCUGCUCAUCUGGCAAAUCAAAGAGUCCGCAUUGGCAGGCUUUGCUGUUCUGGUCUUUGCUUUCCCUGUUCAAGCCGUCAUCUUCAAGCGCUUGUUCCAAACGAGAAGCAAGAGCAUGCAAUUCACGGACAAGCGAGGGAAGCUAAUCAAUGAACUGCUCUCCUCCAUCAGAGUGGUCAAGGCUUUUGCUCAAGAGCACAUGUUCCUCGACCGCAUCGUCCAGAUUCGCCAAAAGGAGCUGCAAGGUAUCAGAGAGUUGGUCAUUUGGCGCAGCGGUCUGAUGGCCUUCGCCUUCACCCUCCCUACCAUUGCUGCCAUCGUUGGCUUCCUGGUAUACAGCGCACUCGGCAACGACGUCAGCGGUGCUGGCGCUGGACGUACAGGAGAAGUCUUUACAGCGCUGACCCUGUUCGCCCUGCUUCGCAUGCCGUUGAUGUUCUUGCCGUUGGCCAUUUCCAGUACCGCAGAUGCGUGGGCCGCCAUUGCGCGAUUGACACCCGUGUUCGAGGCGCCUUUCUUGGUUGACCGUUCAGAGAAGGACCCAGAGUCGAAAUUUGCCGUCGUCCUGGAGGACGCUUGCUUUGAGUACGAUGAGGUCGACCCCAAUGUGGCCGCCAGCGUCGAUACCGGCAAAACGAAGUCAUCUGCUACGGUCGAACCUGGCCAGACCCAGGCUGCAGAGAGCGACAAGGCAAAGCCGCCCGGCUUCAUUCGACGCCUUUUCAACUCUCGUAAUGGUGACGCGCCCAAGGCAGCACCUCCUGCGCCCAUUACCGACUUGCCGCAACCGGCUACCGCCACAGCGACUAGGCAACGCGAGACUGGCCUUGCGCUUCCACCCGCACCCGAGAAAGCUCUUGAGGACGAAGCUGAGCAGAGCGCAAAGCCGUUCAAGCUCGAGAAUCUGAAUCUGAGAGUCGCAGAGGGCGAGCUCAUCGCCAUCGUCGGACCGGUGGGUAGCGGCAAAUCGUCCAUCCUGCAAGGACUUGCUGGAGAAAUGCGACAGACGAGCGGUAGAUUGAUCUGGGGCGGCUCGGGCUCGACUGCCUACUCUGCUCAGCAGCCUUGGAUCCAAGCUGCGACUGUACGGGAGAACAUCACAUUUGGUCUCCCCUUCGAGGAGGAACGCUACUGGGAGGUCAUCAAGAUGGCUGAGCUCGAAGCGGAUCUGCUCAUCCUGCCUCAGGGGGACCUGACUGGCAUUGGUGAGCGCGGUACUACGCUCAGCGGUGGACAGAAAGCUCGUGUCAAUUUGGCCAGAGCCAUCUACUUCGAUGCCAGCACACUACUGCUCGAUGAUCCUCUGAGCGCGGUCGACCCCCACGUCGCGAAGAAGCUCUUCCAAACCAUCUUGCAGCUGCGAGCGCAGGGCAGGACGGUAAUUCUCGUCACCCACGCUGUCCACCUCUUGCCGCAGUGCGACCGCAUCGUCACCAUGCUCGAUGGUCACGUUGCGGAGCUGGGCACAUACGACGACCUUGCACACGCGGACGGUCCCUUCCAGCGGCUCAUUGAGGAGUUUGGAGGUGAGGAGGAGGAGGAGGAGGAAGAGCAUUUGGAGGAUGAAGGAGAGGCUAUUGAUGAUGUCGGUCUGGAAAAGUCUAGAGUUGGCCGCAAGAAGCUCAUCAGGCGGGAAGACAUGACGGACGCUUCUGGCGACAAGACCAAAGCCCUCAUGGAGACGGAAGAGCGCAAUACCGGGUCUAUCAGUCUCAAGGUUUACGUCGCGUACUUCAAGGCGGGUCGAGGAGAAAUUCUUGUGCCUGCCAUCAUCAUCUCGCUCAUUCUCAUGCAAGGCGCCUCCGUCAUGAACCAGUACAGUAUCAACUGGUGGCUUUCCGACACCCUUGGCUUGCCUGUGGGCGCAUAUGAAGGCAUCUAUGGCGCUCUGGGUGGCAUUCAAGCCGUAUUCACGAUGUUUAUGGGCCUGACGACUGGCUAUUUGACCUACUACUCCGCUGCUAGACUUCACAACGAUGCGAUCGAGCGCAUCAUCUACGCGCCCCUGUCCAAGUUCUUUGACGUCACGCCAAAGGGCCGCAUCCAGAACCGCUUGUCCAAGGAUGUCGACACGACGGACAAUAUUCUCAGCGACUCUUUCCGCAUGGCUGCAACUACGAUGGCGCAGGUGAUUGGAAGCAUCAUCCUGAUUGCCUACCUGACGCCUUAUUUCUUGAUCGCCGUUGCCGGUCUGCUGGUCUUCUACGGUGCUGGUGCCGCCGUCUACCGGCGAUCUGCGCGUGAGACCAAGCGUAUUGAUGCAGUGCUGCGCUCGGACUUGUACGCACACUACUCGGAGACGCUGGGCGGUAUGGCAACCGUGCGCUCCUAUGGCGUACUCAAGAGAUUCAUCAACGACCACCUUCGUCACAUGUCCCACGAAGCUCGCGCUUACUACUUUACCACCGUGAAUCAGCGCUGGCUGGGUGUCCGCCUAGACAUUCUCGGCUCCGUCCUCGUCUUUGUUGUUGCUCUGCUCACCACCGCAGGGGCUAAUUCGGGUCUGUCGCCGGCGCAGACAGGUCUGGCACUGUCUUACAUUCUCACCGUCAGUCAGAGCUUCUCGUGGAUGACGCGUCAAAUUGCAGAAGUGGAGAACGACAUGUCUUCCGUCGAGCGCAUUCACCAUUACGCCACUGCUAUCGAGCAAGAAGCACCGCAGGUCAUCCCAGAAGCCAAUCUGCCUCGAGAGUGGCCUCAACAAGGACAGAUCAGCCUUUGCGAUGUUCAGCUGCAGUACAGAGAGGGUUUACCGAUCGUCCUGAAGGGUGUCAGCAUGGACAUUCGAGCGGGCGAAAAGGUAGGAAUCGUUGGACGGACGGGUAGCGGCAAGAGCACGUUGCUGACCGCUCUGCUGAGACUGGUCGAGCUGCACGCCGGCAGCAUCACCAUCGAUGGUGUGGACAUUUCCAAGAUCGGUCUGCGUGACCUUCGUCAGAGGAUCGCUUUGCUACCGCAAGAUCCUGUAUUGUACAGCGGCACGCUGCGAUCCAACCUCGAUCCCUUCAACGAGUACGACGAUGCGAGGUUGUGGGACGCUGUACGCCGCUCUCAUCUGGUCGAAGACUCUAGUCGAGGCCAGUCGCGCGCGCCUAGCGGUCAUGCCACGCCCACGGGCAUCGCACCCGACGAAGAGGGAGCUGAAGAGAGCAACAAGACUUCCUUCAAUCUCGAGACGGCCAUCGAGGAGGAGGGUCAAAACCUGAGCGUGGGACAGCGCUCCCUCGUCUCGCUCGCCCGCGCCCUGGUCAAGGAUUCGAAGAUCAUCCUUUUGGACGAAGCGACGGCUUCUGUGGACGUCGAGAACGAUGCCAAGAUCCAGCAAACUUUGGCAGAGGCUUUCCACGAUCGCACGAUGCUGGUCAUUGCGCACCGUCUAAGGACCAUCUUGAGUCUGGACAGGGUGGCAGUGUUCGAUGCGGGCCAACUGGCAGAGUACGCUUCUCCACUCGAGCUGUUUGAUCGACCAGCUGGCAUCUUUAGGUCCAUGUGCGAGAGAGCCAACAUCCCUAGAGAAGACGUGGUCAAGGCCUCGUCGAGAACGUCCGAGUACGGACUCUAA